AUGGUUGAGUCUAUUAGGACCAAGCUGAUGCAGUGGUUCUGCAUCAGACGAGCAAAGGCAAAAAAAUUGGCUACCCUUCCUGAGCCAAUAACACCUAAUGUGAAUAAGUUUAUGCUGCGCAACCAUGUAGCAUCCGCAGGUUUGGCAGUUAUAGCAGUCUCAGAUUGGGCUUACCAAGUCAGUGAAACAGAGGGCAAGACAUACUUUGUCGAUCUUGAGAAGAAAAGUUGUUCUUGUAUUGGGUUUCAAAAGCUUCUUAUACCUUGUUGCCAUGCGUUGGCUGCAGCGAGGAUAAAUGGUGUUUACAUUCCUUCACUUGUAGGAGAAAUGUAUCGUGUCCCUGUUUUCGAAGCUACUUAUGAGGCGCUAAUAUACCCUGUCCCUAAUCAUGGCGAUGAAGAAGUCCCUGUAGCAGUUGUGGAGAAUGAGUUCAACCCUCCGACUAACCCACCAGGUCCAGGACGAAGAAGGAAGAGAAGGAUUCCUUCUAAUGGAGAACAUCCGGUACUUCAGUGA